AACUCACACUAUAUCAAUAUGAAAUUGCGACGGAAUAUUUUUUGUGAAAUAAAACACCUAUUUGAACUUUUUAAUCUCCGAACUUCAAUUUUAUAGUAAGAUAUUUUUGCCGGGGACUUCCGAAAGCUCAAAUGCAAUGGUUCGCGCCGUCACAAACCAACAUCAGAAUGAGGCCAGAUCAACAUUCAUGUGAACCUUCUUAACGAUGUCGAAAUUUUCCGCUUGAAACUUGAAAUCCAAGCAUUGAAUAAUGUAAAUACACAUCUCGAAAGAUACGAAAGAUUAUGAAGUGUUGUUCAAGUAAUACAGAUUAGAAAGAAAAACACCGGUAGAAAAUAAAAUAAAAUGGAAACUAUCGCCCUUCCUGUGAAUCAAACGAGCAGUCAGUCCGAACCAAUAAAAAAUUCCACGAUAAAAUCUCACAAAGUUGAUAAGAUUGAAGAUGGAUGGACCACCCCAAGAAGAGCUUCAAAAAUGAAAAACAAAAAAAUUCGUGUUGAAGACAUCAUAACAAAUCUUACAAAGAAAGUUAGUCAAGUUGCACAGUUAAAAACAACUGCAUCAAAACCGAAUGAAUUUUCUUCCCCGUCCGAAGUCCAAACAAAAGUUGACUCGGUGACAUUGAACGAGCAGAACUUAAAGAACAACGAACGGAAAGAUUUUUGUACGCCAGGUAAUAAUGCUAAUGUUCAUGGGAAUACUGAACAACUUACAAUGAAAGGAACUUCAGUAAAGCUGGAUAAUAAAGUUGUUCAACACAGUUCAAAGUUUGACGAUAUUUCAAGAAUAAAAAAUCGUGUUGACAAUGAUACGGCAUCUUUUGUUAGUAUGUGCAGAAUAAGGGAUGAACCACCCGAGUUGGAGGAUAAGUUUCAACAACCUGUUGUAAAACUUAACGAAAAAAAGACGGAUGCUCCCAAAAAUGCUGUCAAAAAUUUUCAGACAGUGGACAAGAAUGUUCAACCCAAUAAAAAUGUUCCUGUACAAAAACAAAUUAUUUUGCCAACUAGCCCACCUAAAGUCGGUGUAAAAGCACCUAUUGUAUUAAAUAAACUUCCUCCUGGUUUUAUCAUUAAAGGCGAUUUGUCUUCUCAACAAUUCACUAAUAUUCAAACAACAUCAAAGUCUACUCAACCUAAACUUCUUCUUAUAACGAAAGCUGGAGGACCGUUUUACCUCACACAAAAUUUGAAUGUUUCAAAUAAUCAAUUACAAUUGAAACCAUUGAAUGCUUGUACUGUGUCAAGCUCAAAAAAAGAGGGAUCUGGUACCAAGUUAUCCUUACCACCAAAAACGAAAACUGAUACUCCAUUGAUUACUUUACAAUACAAUUUACCUUAUCCUAAUAACAACUGUAAAGUUGUCAGUAAUCCUCAAAACACUUGUGUAAAAAUACCUGGACUUGAUAGUGUUGUCACCACGGAGUCCGUUUGUCGUAACAAACCACGUGAAAUGGUCGUGAACUUUGCUGGAAAUCAAACUGCACACGUCACAACAGUUGUUGAUGAAACAUCGAUUAUUCCUGAGAAUACUCAGGUCAGACUCGUACCUGCUUCAUUUGUCUUGACGCCAACAUCAACAUCUGCAUCCGUGAUUUCAAAUCCAAAAAUUGAUAAGUGUGUCGGACAGACUCCUAAGAAGAACGUUAAAAAAAGAGUUUUAGGAGACCAAAAGACAAAAGGUCUAAAGGGGAAAACUCUCUCGUCACAAAUUUCUCAUCGAAAAACAACAUAUGAUGAAAAAAUUGAAUUAUUAAAUAGUAAAAUGUCAGAAAGUACAAAUACACUUUCUGGAUCAAUUGAUAAUUCGUUGCGUAGUACGGAAACUACAAACGGAAUCUGUUCUACGAGUAAAGAUGUGAGGGUAAGCAGUCGAAAAAGACAGCAAACAGAAAAAGCAAAGUUGUUGGAAAAGGUAACUAAGCGACGUCGAAAAAGUGAAGAUAAAAGCUUUGAGAAAGAAGGAAAACAUGUCUCACCAUCAUCAAAAACGUUUAACUCAAGUAAACAAGAACAAAAUUCAAAUUUUAAAGACAAUCACGAUAAAAGUUCGUUGUUGAAGAAAGCAAAGACAGGAACUGACAUCAUGGAUGAUGAUAAUUCUGGCAUAGAAACAAAAGAAGAAACAGUUGAUGAUCCUGAUUUGUUAACACGUGAUCCUGCAUUAUUAACACGUGAAGAAAGAGCAUUGCAACGAGCGCUCAUGAUGUUUAAAGAACUUGAAGAGAAACAAACAAGAAAGGAAUCAGUUUGUGAAAGUGACAAAUCAAACAAUGAAAGUAACAAUCAGGCUAAGAAGUCAUGUGACACCCAACGUAAGCGAAAAGUUUCUGUUGGAGUGGAUGAGGAAGAUGUGCCUUUGAAAAUACGAAAACAACAACGGAGAAAGCUUGUUGCUGAGAAUUGCAUUCCAUGUACUAAGAAGGAGAAGGAACUUAUAAAAAAUGAGGUUGCUGUGGAGAAACACGAUAUUGAAAAUAAAACUGACGGAUUAAAAAAUAAGAAGAAAGAGAAAAAUUUGGAUUUGACAAAAUCACCAGAAGAGACUGAAGUCUCGAAGAAAAAAAUCGUGAAAAAGAAAGUCUUGACAAAGAAGUUGGAGACAAAAUCUGAUGGUGAAAAAGAAACUCCCCCUCCUGUUAAAAGUAAACAUAUUGAAAGUUCUCCUCCUGUCAAAAAUAAUCAUCAUGAAACUCCCCCUCCUGUCAAAAGUAAUCAUUGCAUAAAGAUUGUAAAAAAUUCACCAAAGCAGGCAAAGCCACAGCCCAAACAAUCAGCUAGUGGGGAAAGACAUCGAGUGAAAACGUACAUGUUAGUACCAUCUUACAAUGGAUUUAAGGAUUUUUCACCUGUGGUUCUUGGAUCAAGAACUCGUAGCAAAAAAAUUGAACCAAUAAAACCUGACUCGAGUAGUGUCGCAAAAGAAGACGAGCUUCCUGCUUCAUGUUCUCCAAAGAAGACUGUGAAAGAUAUUCCUUUAUUGGUAAUUGAAACUGUUGGAAAUAAAGCUGUGAAACAAGAUAUUGUCGCGAAAGAUGACGAAAUGCGAGAUUUAGUUAAAAGCAGUCUUCGUAAACAAGGAAUGUUAAAACAAGAGUUGGAUGAAAAAUUCAAGGAUGCUGAGCAGUUUGAGAACAGAGAGAAGCGCAAUUUAACUGUAAACAGAAACACUGGUGAAACAGUUUUGCAUAAGGCCUCCAGACUUGGUUACGAUGAGACAGUCUAUCACUGUAUUCAACAGGGAAGCGACAGUAAUGCAAAAGAUAAUGCUGGUUGGACACCGUUACACGAAGCAUGUUCACGUGGUCAUUCCGAUGUUGUCAGAGUUCUAGUCAAGUAUAAUGCUGAUGUCAAUGCUUGUUCAAAUGACGGAAUUAGACCACUUCAUGACGCUGCUGACAACGGGUGCAUCGAGACACUUCGACUUUUACUAUCUUUUGAUGCUGAUCCUUUUAUUACUACUUACUCUGGUCGUACUUUACUUGACUGUGCUAAACGUCCAGAAACCAAAGACUAUCUGAAAGGAUGUAUUGGGGACUUAUAUUUGAAUGAUGAAAGAAACGAGGUUGCUUCUCUCGAUUAUGAAAAUCGAUGGGAGUUCGAGGGUUCUUGUUCUCUACUAGACAAAGAUAGCAAAACUGUAGAAGACGUCUUUAGUGGUAUAUCUGACGUAAAGCCAAACAACACCGUGGAAUUUGAAUGGAGUGAUUCUCCUCAUUUACCUACAUAUAAUCUUCCAGUGGUUAAGGAUGGUAUUGUGAUAGGACGUAAAAACUAUGUGACAUUGAAUGACUUGCAAACAGCUUUAAAAAAACCUCGACAUAAUGUUAUAAGAUUGCUCAAAAGAACUAAAAUUCGUGAGGUAGGUUUGACAGAAUUUCAAAAACAAGUGGCAGGUUGUCACUUUAAGAAACCUAUCGAUCAUGGCGAUAAAGUUGAACUCGUGCCAUUAAAUUGGUCUGUACGAAGCUUGCUAAAGAUAAAAUGUGAACAACUCUCUCUUUAAAAGUUAAAUAAUAAACUGAGAAAUGUAUAAUUUUACGUUAUUUUGUAUCAAGGAAUGUUUAUAUUCUGUUACAUGUAAUUUUAUAUGGCGAUUAAAAUAUAUCGUAUGAAAAAUAAA